AUGGUCUUCGGAGGACUUACAAUCAAACUACCUCACGCAGACACGACUCAUGACUCUAAGCCUCCAGGCGCAAGCCCAGCUGCUGCCGCUUCCCCCGCUGUCAAUUUUACCUUUGUGAAUCAGGCCGAAGAUUUGGAUUCUCUGACCACACGGAAGAUCACCAAUCAGCAGCAGCGCCAUGUCAUUCGGUCCCAUGUGAUGAAAAGCGUCCGUCAGGAGGAGCUGGCAAGAGGCAAGAAAAGGACCAUAGGUCGGGCCCGUUCCAAGAGAACCGACUCAGACAAGUCGCAGGGCACAUCUAGCGAUUCUGAUUAUUCUCACAAGAAUACUUCGCCUUUGCCAUCAUCCGUCACCAUUGAAGAAGGGCUCCAGAAACCCCAGCCCCAGUCCCAUGGAUUGGAAUGUGACAACCAGAGCAGAAAUUCCCACACUCUCGGGACGCCUUGUGCGACCACGGCCAUGACCUACACGCCUGGCGUCCAUGAGUUCGACCCUUUGGACACCUUGCCAUGUACUUCACUCUCGCAUAAGCCUUUGCAGAGGCUGCUGGAACACUGCUUUGAUGUCCUUCUCCCGUUGACGUUUACUGCGGAAAUCAACCCUCGCGAUCGACUUGCUCGACUAGGUGUGGUUCUACAGAGCAAGAUCUCUAGUCCUCCCACCUUCUUGGGAUUCAUGGCCACGGCCGCCGCUCAUAGGGCCAUCUUCCAUGGCCGUCACAAAGACCUGGCGCCCUCUAGUGAGAAUCAUGAUGAUCUAAUCACUGACUGUGACUACAAAAAAGUCAAACAUGAAGCGCUCGUGGCCGUUCGUAGAAAAGUUGAGCAGCCCGAAACGAUUGACCAAUUCAUGGUCGAUGCAUGCUUCGGCCUCAUUUCCGCUGCCACCGUCGUGGGCAAUUUCGAAGAAGCGAGGCUGCAUUUGAAAGGGGUUGCGCAGUUGAUGUCGGUGGUUGGCGUGUCCCAAGAUUCCAUGCUAUGGCUUCCGCUCGCAAACGUCAAAGUGUCGGUGGGAUUGUUAUCCCGGCCGCUUUUACAACUCCCUUGGUCUCGACAGCCAAUAUCGCAUGAGAUACUGCAGCGGAUUUCGCCAUCUCCUAGCUCUGGCAUGGCACGGUUAGGGUCCGGCUUCGAACAGCUGGACGAGCUCAGCAAGCCGUUGAAGGACCUGGUAGAAGCCGGCCGAGAUGUUUGCAACUUUUGUGAGUUGGUUGUCGCAAAUCCCCAAGGGCUGUCUUCCGCGGAGAAUGCCACUCUUCGGCAGAAGGCAACUGAGCUUGAGUUCGACUUGCUAGCCUACCCAUAUGAAACGGAGGACUUCUAUCUUGAGCACUCAGCCGAGCCGCAACUGCCGGCCCUCGAGGCGGUUGUCCGGCUGGCAGCACUAGGAUCUUCUUCUAUCGCUCCGCACACCGUUAUGCCCUCCACGGGAUUGGGCAGAGCUCUCACUCAUCACCAGAAACGCGCAAUCCAACAAUGGCUUCGGGAGACAAAUACCAACUGUGGUGUCUCGGAAAUGAAAGCCGUCACUUGGGCACUCUUCAUGUUCACACAAAAUGCAUUGAACCAGCCAGAGGAAGGCUUCUUCAGUGACCUCCUAUUACAGUAUACUCACGAGUUACGGUUACUCAGUUGGCAAGACAUCGAAAACACCGUCUGCGGGUAUCUCUACGUCCCGAGCCUCCAAUCGUCUAUUUGGCAGGCUAUCUGGAUGGCCAGCUCUCAAGCCCGAAUCCAACGCGGCCGCUGA